UCUUCAUUUUGUAUUUUUUUUCUAAUUUUUUCUUAUUUUUGUGGGGUAAAUAACCUUUUUCCUUUGUCUGCCCAAAAUUCAAAUCCAAAACUAUAAAAGUUACGCCCUCUCUUGGUCUUUCCUUGUUUCUCUCCGUUUUCCUUUCGGAAGGAUUCUCUCAAAGACCCAAAAUCAACUAACGCACUUCCUUCAUCCAAACACGGAGAGACAAAGAGAGAAAUAAAGAAAGAAACAGACAAAACUUCCAAAGCUAAAUUCUAGGGCUUUUUUCUUUGUUUUGCUAAUUAGAGAGCCGUUUCCGUCAACGAGGAUUAGAGAGGGAAGAGGAAAAAAGGAAAAAAAAUACAGUAGAAUGUCUGCAUUGGACCCUAUCGAUUGCCUUCUCUUCUCUCUCAGCAGAUCUUUCUGUAGUCCUCUCGCCGUUUUUAUUCAGAUCCAGGGAUGUGUAAUCUGCUUAACUCUUGCUAUUGGGUGGGCUUUUGCUGCUUAUGUCAGGAACAGAGAGAUAAAUCGAAUCAAGGAUGGCAUGAAAGGUGGCAAUAGCUUUGCUUUUCUGUGCCAUGAUAUUAAUGAACUUGAGCACUCAAAUCAGGUCAAUCUACCAAGAGUAUCGGUUGUGAUGCCUUUAAAAGGUUUUGGAGAACAUAAUCUACACAAUUGGAAGAGUCAGAUCACAUCUCUCUAUGGUGGUCCUCUAGAGUUCCUUUUCUUGGUGGAAAGUACCGAGGACCCUGCUUACCAUGCUGCAUCUCGGUUAAUAACAGAUUUUAAGGAUGAUGUUGAUGCUAAAAUCAUUGUGGCUGGUUUAUCAACAACCUGCAGUCAGAAAAUACAUAAUCAGCUGGUUGGCGUGGAGAAAAUGCAUAAAGAUACCAAGUAUGUAUUAUUUUUGGACGAUGAUGUUAGGCUCCACCCAGGAUCAAUUGGAGCCCUCACUUCUGAGAUGGAAAAGAAUCCCAAGAUAUUUAUUCAAACUGGAUACCCUCUUGAUUUACCAUCUGGAAGUUUAGGAAGUUACUGCAUCUAUGAAUACCAUAUGCCUUGCUCAAUGGGAUUUGCUACUGGUGGGAAAACUUUUUUUCUUUGGGGAGGGUGUAUGAUGAUGCAUGCUGAUGAUUUUAGACAUGACCAUUAUGGUGUAGUCUCGGGACUUCGAGAUGGUGGAUACUCCGAUGAUAUGACUCUAGCUGCUAUAGCUGGAGCCCACAAGAGGCUUAUUACAUCUCCUCCUGUAGCUGUCUUUCCUCAUCCUCUUGCCAGUGAUCUUAGUUUCUCAAGGUACUGGAAUUACUUGAGGAAGCAAACAUUUGUUUUGGAAUCAUACAUAAGCAAUGUUAAUUGGCUAAUGAAUAAAGCACUGUUUUCUUCCCAUUGCUAUCUUUCAUGGGGAUUUGUUGCGCCAUACUUGAUGGCUAUGGUUCACGUUGCAGCAGCACUACAAAUCUAUAUCAAGGGUUAUUCAUAUGAGGAAACAACCUGUUCUACUGGUGGAUUGGUACUAGCCAGUUGCCUAGCUAUAUGUACCUUUAUGGAGCUACUUUCUAUGUGGAACUUAACAAGGAUUGAAGUUCAACUAUGCAACAUGUUAUCUCCUGAGGCACCUAAGCUCUCACUUGGUACUUACAACUGGAGCAUGGUCUUUGUUGCAAUGCUGGUUGAUAACUUUUUAUACCCUGUCUCUGCCUUCCGUUCUCAUUUCUCUCAAUCUAUCAAUUGGUCUGGUAUACGAUAUCACUUGAAGAAUGGAAAGAUAAGCAAGGUUGAAAGGAAUAAGGAUAUGGGUCCAAAUUUCACAGACUUGGGAGGGAAGCAUUUAUAUGGGAAGAAAGGAGCUCCUCCCAAAGCCUCAUUCCUCAGCUCUUUCAAGAGAAGUUUGGCUCAGUGGCGUCAACCGAAGAAAUUUGAUGUCUAGGAAUUAAGCUUUGGCUUAGUAAAUGUUGUGACCAUUUUUGCCUCUCCUCUCUGAGAUUGUAUAGGCAGCAAGGAUCCGGUAGUCUAUUGUUAGUGGUUUAGGAAUUUUUGCGUCAUUUUUUAUUCCCCAUUCAAUCGAUUUAUUCUUCAUUUAUCAACCCUCGUCGGGGGCUGGUUUUGAAAUUACAUUGAUUUCACCCUGUAAUUUUAUAAAUCCUUAUUAUAUACAGUAGCGUUCGUGACUUACAGUUCUCUCGAAUCCGACUCUGUCGAGAGGCCAUUCUGCUUAACUCUGGAAUGGAACAGAUCAUAAGAGCAUUGAAGAAGUUACAGAUUAAUUAGUAGAUGGAGAAAACAAAAAAAACCAAAAAAGUUAAAGCACAAGAGAUAAAUUACUGCCAAGUAUUUCUCCUACAAAGCCACUAAAAGUGCACAGCACGUAGCAAUGUUGGACUUGUAAAGCUAACAGAAGGAUAUUCUCCAAAGUGUUUCCUUUUUCCUUUCCGAUGGUGGGCAGUUGCUUAUCAUUUUACUUCUGAAGAUCUCCAAUGUAGAAGUCAUCAAUCAUGUCAAAUACUCGGGUCGCAUGCUGUGGCCUAUCACUGACGAUAAAAAGCGCCAACUAAGCUUUGGAUUUAUAAAAGCUAAUCCUAAUUAUGUUAAGCAUGACAAGUUUGCACUGGAGUACAAUAGAGACGGAAUUCAAUAAGAGUAUGGUACUAAUUUUUUAAGCGGCAAGGGUUUUAUUGUCUAGUACGUUUUUCUCGGAUUGGUUCAAGUAGAGUUAUUUAUGUUCAGCUUUGUAGCGGAUUCAAAUUCAGAGAGGAGUGCAUCUUUUUUUUUUUUUUUUUCAUUUGAGUCAGCCAUCUGGUUGGUAUAAGAAUAUACUAUUUAUAACAUGCUUUGGCUGCUGAAAAAUACAUGGAUUUAUCCUCAUUACCUGUUUUACAUAUCAAAUCCUAUCUUGACAUAUAUAAGAGACAAACCCAAGUAGAAGAAGAGACGCUAACUAACUCCAGAGGAGAUAGAACUGAAAGAGGCAACAUGAAAUUUUCAAAAUUUGCAGAGUGUUUCCAAAUAAGGAACAAAUGCAUACCGAUAAAACCCUUUAAUUGAAUCAUCUCCGGCAAGCCAAGAUGGCAUCACCACCUGGGUGUUCCUCUACAUAUGAGGUAACAUCAUAAACCUGCAGCUGUUAAAUAGUAAGAAACGAACAGCAGAACCGAGAUAUCUUAGGAUUGAAUGGAGUUGCGAGUUCCAAAAACAGCAACAAUCCAAAGUCACCAAUCACCCUGUCCUUAAUGAUGAUCCACCAAUCAGUCUUCUUAUCAUGUUGAGCGACUUCUGCCUUACCGUAGCAUAU